UACGAGGGUGGUCCCAGAAGUACCCGGCCUGACCUAGAAAUGGCAAUAGUUGUUUGAAAAAUAUCAUUGUAUUAGAAAGUAUGCAACCUAUAAAGCAUAUGCGUCAAGUUUGAAGAUGCCACGUUGUUUAGUAUUUGUUUGGCAGCCAUCAAUACUGAACGUUUUCACUGAAUUUGUAAAAAUGGAGAAAAUUAUAUAUUCCUCUUUAUUGUUAUUUUUUGAUAUCUUAUCCAAGGUGUUCAGAAAUUGGAUGAUAAUCCUGCAACCACAAAUAUGACCUACUAUUUGACAGAUAAUUGUUUUGGUAAAGGUCUCAUAAUGCUCGGAAUUUUCACCAAUUCAUUUUUCUAAAGUCUAAAUGGACUGAACGAAUACCUUUAAAUUUCAACCAAAUGCUUUUUCCAAAUGUUACCUUACAUUCAGUCAAAUGCAUGGACCAAUGAACAAAUAUUCAACUUUAAAAUAUAUGCACACGCCAACAUGAAUUAAUAAUGACACAAGAAACUGUCAGUCUAAAAAAGAAAACACUCACAUGAGCACAAUAGAGAGGGCUAGAUGGAGUCUCUUGAAAGUAAUGACCUGUUUAGGUUGAUAUGCACUGUUGAGAGAAUUGUAAUUUUUAACAGCAUUAAAGGAAUAACUCCUUUCAAAAGUUGAGGUAUUAGGUAUAGGCAUGUUGGAAUUAAUAUUGAAUCUAAGUCCUGGAAAUAAAAUCUCCAUGGGGUAAGAGUUAAUUUGCUAGUAAGAUAGGCUGAUCUGUUAGUAGAAUCUUAUGUGUGAAGACAUCUAUAAGAUAUAUGCAUCGCUUAUCAACUUUCAACCUGUUCCCUGAUUUUAUCUGUAAUGUGACAUCUCUUGCAGACCAAACAAACCAGCAGCUGUUUUGUAAUUUCUGGAGCUUGGUCUUAUGGUGAUAGUCUAAGCAUGGAUAAUAGAGGAUGAGGGAGUAUGAAAUAACAUUAACCAGACUUUCGGCGAGCUUUUUGCGCGUUUAAAAAUUUAAAGUGUAACGAUUUGAUGAUGUGUUACCUAUUUGCAACUGCAGGAUUAUUCUUGAUUUUCUGGACACCUUGUAUAUCUAUUUUUUGACCUUGCAUAUUUUUUUUAGUGAACAGGCCGCCUUGGUGAUGAUAGAACUGUUAGGGACCUACACUGAUAAAAAUGCUUCACAUGCAAGGGAAGAUGCUAUUCGCUGUAUUGUUUCAGCACUAGCUGAGCCAAAUACAUUUCUAUUGGACCCUCUUCUAGAUCUGAAGCCAGUCCGGUUUCUUGAAGGAGAGCUCAUUCACGACCUGUUGAACAUUUUCGUGAGUGAAAAUUUGACGGUUUACCUGAAAUUUUACAAUGACCACAAAGAAUUCGUCACAAGUCAAGGUUUGAAUCAUGAACAGUUGAUGCGCAAAAUGCGUCUGCUGUCAUUCAUGCAAAUGGCUGAAGCUAACCCAGAGAUAACGUUUGAAAUGAUAGAAAAGGAGCUUCAGAUAAAGCCAGAAGAUGUAGAAAAUUUCAUCAUCGAAGUACUAAAAACAAAGCUAGUAAGAGCAAGAAUGGACCAGUCGCUGAAGAAGGUAUUCGUGUCAAGCACGAUGCAUCGAACGUUCGGUCGAGCGCAGUGGCAGCAACUACGAGAUUUGCUGCAUUGCUGGAAGAACAAUCUCAGCUGCGUCCAGGAAGGGAUGAAGAACGUCAGUGCUGCUCAGAUAGAGAUGAUGAGCCAACAAUGAUAUUCGGGGAACAGCAGGAGGAAGUCCUACAGUGACCGUUGAUGUUUUUCGCAAAUUCGUGAUGAGUAGGGGUGAAAUAAUAAAUAAUAACAGACAUUCAGUUACAAGAUACCGAAUUAUUGCAAAGUAUGUAAUAAUGGUGAAUUUUAUUGAAUACAAUUUUUUCUACCCAAUACGAAUUUGCUGUUUUCUGCAGCUUGUUUCGUAAUUGAAUGUCAGAUUUCUGCAUCCAUUUUAAGAAUAAAACUUCAUUUGAGCAUGUAUUCUAAAUGUAUUAACUUUGAGACAGAGGCUCGUAAAGUUUUAAAAAAUACAUCGUUCAUUAUUAGUAUAUGUAAUACCACUUCCAAUAUUCUAAUGAAGUGUGGCGUUCAUGUACUUUGUAUCAACAGGCAUGUUUCGAUGUACCAUUUUUUCAAUUUCCUCCAGUGGCGUUCUUAUAGAAUUUCAUCUGCCUAUUAUUAUGGCAAGCAUUGAUGGUAACGCCACAAUAAAAACUAUUUUUGAGAUCCCCGAUCAUUCCUAAGUAAAUUUCAUCGCUUAUUUUUUUCUAUCCGAUGCGCGUUUUCACCUAAAGAACAGCUUUCGCCGCAUGGUGAUAUUGUCAUAUAAAAAAUAUGAUCAUGCAGAGGAACGAUUUUUAUUUUUUAAGCAACAGCCGUGCGUCGCAUUCAAAAAAGUCAAGCGAUUAUAUUUGCUCAGAAAUUAUUGAGACUUUCAAGGAUAAUUUUUAUUUGAAGAGAAAUAAUAAUUAUCGUUUUAAGAGAAAUGAGUGGCGUACCAUCAAUGCCUGCCAAACUAGUCAAGCGAUAUUCCUUACUGACGAAAAAGAGAUCUGGUAUAUUGAAAAUGCCACAUUUCAUUAAAAUGAAGUGGUGUUACAAAUAUAUAAUAAUGAAUUAUUUAUUUUUGAAAACUUUACCCUCCUCUAUCUCAAAACCUAAGGCAUUUAAGAUAUCGGUUCAUAUGAAGUUUUUUUCUAAUGGACCCAACAAUCACUUCCUUAAAUAUUGAAAUUCAAUUACGAAACACUGUCUAGUGGCUACCUUCCAUAUCGAAUCAAGCUUGGAAUAUUUUCCUCAUAACAGCUGUUUCAGGCAUGAUUUUCCCACUUAUGUUUAUACCAGUACUGUUACAAAAUAAAAAUAAAGUAAUCUGACGUCCUCA